CACGGACGGCCGGAAGUAAUCGCAAAUUUAAACAGCCAUCACAGCAACAAUAAACGCAGACUUUCACUAGACGGGCUCUCUGAUGAUCCAACAAUUUGUGAAAAAAUAAGACAAAUUCUCACAGAGGAUUUCUUAAAGGUGCAAACCUUACAGAGGUGGUCUGAGCUGACGGCAGCAGUAUGGAAGAAGAGAUAAGUAAGGCUGAGACAGAACAAGGAGAUGUGGCGAGCAAUGAGGGAGAGCCUGCUGUAGAAGAACCCAACAACAGUCCAGUUAAAAGAGGAAGGGGGAGGCCGCAAGGCUCAAAGAAGCUGAAGGUUUGUGUUACAGACGUUAAUCAAGAAGAGCCGGGUUCCGAAAUUUCCAACGGUGGGCCCCCACAGACCCCGAGGAGAAGAGGACGUCCUAAACUAAAAAAAAACAUAGAGCAGCAAGGAGCAGAAGUUGACCAAGAUGUGCAAAUUAAAGAGGCCGGUAAUGAAGACGGCCCGACAACAGACCAUGUUCCUAAGAAGAGAGGCAGGCCAAAAAAGUCUCUCAGCACAAGCACCUCAGAGAAUGCUGAAGGCUUACCAAACGGUGGCUCUGAUGCACCAAAAGGGAAAAGGGGUCGUCCAAAAGGAUCUACGAAGCGCAAGGCAGAAAGUCUAACAGGUGAACAGAAUGAAGGCAGUUCUGUAACACCUCAAAAACAAAGACGCUCCCUCGAUAAGAAACCUAGGCUGGAGACGGAGGGGGGCAGUGAGGGGGACGAGGCAAAUGGUACCCCCGUUAUGAAGAGGAGAAGUCAGCCAAGAAAGUUGCAGGUGAAUAACUCACAAGAUACACCCAAUGGCAUCUUGGCAAAGUCUGGUAGAGGGAGAGGAAGGCCAAGAAAAAAUGUACAACAGAAAGACAUGGUUACAGAUGGCUCCCAGUCAGUUAAGAGGGGAAGAGGGCGGCCUAAAGGCUCCCCAAACAAAAAACCCCCUGCAUACAAGCUGCACGUUAAGAUAGGCCGAACUCCAAGAAGCAAGCCCGGGAAAGGGAAGCGUGGUCGACCAAGACUACAACCAGCCAAAAGGGGAAGGCCAAGAAAGUACCCUCUACCGUCACCCGAGGAGCUGAAAAAGCCCAAAGUAUGGAAGCCACUGGGAAGGCCGAGGAAAUACCCACGCGCUGAUACUCCAGAGGGCACUCCCACAACCCCUCGCAGAAGCCGUGGUCGGCCUCGCAAGUCAGAGUCCAAGAAAGGCGCUCACUUACGCAAGGGUCUGUCUGCCUCUACGUCCACACAACACACCCCCAAUGUCGGAUCCCCAAGGAAAAGGGGCCGUCCCCCAAGUGCUCAAAAAAGUGAUGCUGGCACCCCAAGGAAAAGGGGCCGCCCUAAGGGUUCAGCCAAGAAAAGUAAAGUCAGAAGUGAAACACAGCUGGACAGCUCGCUCAACCAUUCAAAAGCAACGGAUGAGUCGUCUCCUGUUGCGGUGGAACAAGCAGGAGAGGUGGUAGAAGAGGAGAUGGAGCAUGAUGGAGAGCUGGUAGAAGAGGAGGUUGAACAAGUAGAGGAAGAAGUCCAGCAAGAAGAAGAAGAGGAGGAGGUCGAGCAAGAUACAGAGACGUCCAUCGAUCAGGAUGCAAGCUUUGAAGUUAGUAACCAGGCUUGAUGAACCAUCCCGGUCUGACCAAAAAGUUGCUGUAGUAGUUGCUGUUUAAGUCAUAGAAAACAAUCUAAAAGCGGUUUUUAACAUUUUGUCAGUCAGGUAGGAUAGAUAUCAGCAGCUCUUCUGUUUCCCUGACUAACUUGUCCAUCUUAUUGUGUUUUUGUUUUGUUUGUUUUUUUGUUUUUUUGGGUUUUUUUUUUUUUUUAUAUAAAGUCCUUUAUUUCUGUCAUCUGAGUAAGCAGUAGUACUAAUAAUCUUUUACUAGAACUAGCAUGUAGAGUUUAUUAUUAUAGACUGAUUGUUCUAGUUUUCAUUUAGCUUUUAGAUGUAGUGUUUGUCAGUUUAACUGUAACUGUAAAACAGUUGCUGGGGAAUGACUUGGAAGAGGAGAAAAAAAGCCCAGACAAAAGAGACGGGAAAAUAAAAUUAAGACAAAAAAAGUACAAUUAUAGAGAGCCGAAGUCUUGACGACACAUCUGGGCUAGCCUCUACUCCACUAGCCUCUGUAAAUCAACACAAUCUCUCAUUCUUUCAUCUGUCUCUGAGAAAAAUUAAAUGUUCCUGGGUUUACUUUUUAUAUUUUAGGACAAACUGAAUACAGAGCAGAAUACAGAGCUCUAUCCCAUUUUUUGAAAAUGUAAAAGUUUUUCCCAACUCGCAUGUAUUAUGAGAUUGUGCUGCUAGCCGAAACACAUUAGCUAACUGUCAAGUGUGGAAUUGUAUGAUGGGUGGGGUUAGCUGGUGGCUAAAUGUGUCGUCAGUAUAUUUUUACAGGAAGAGCGGAGGGGGAUUUGAAUGAGUAAAUAAUUAUAAUUGAUGUGUGUUAACUUGUAUUUAGUACUGGGCUAAACCAGGGCUCAACCAUAGACUGUUUUUAAAAAUGGAUGACGCAUCUCCACUUCCUCCCAUCGUACAAAAGUGAAAUCAAAAUGUCCUGGAUACCACAGCUGCCAUCUUGCAGUGGUGAAAUUAUUUGAAACCAGAGUCUGCCCAGUAGUGACGUGUACGUUUUUUGACUUGUAAAUUCAAAUACUGUAAUAAUUUUUAAACGGCAAGGGCGAAACUGCAACAAUGUAUCGUGCAGUUUGCUGCAAGUUUGAAGGAAGGGUGGAAAAACUGGCUGUUUUUAAUGAUAAUUAAUUUUGUUAUUUGAUAACUGCCGAGAUAACUUAACUCAAGCACACAGAAUUACAACUUGAUUUUUUUUGUUUGUUCAUUGGUAUCAAAUUGUUAAAGUCUGCUUAAUACAGAAAUGCAGAAUAAACAACAAUAUAAGAACCACACGUAGUCCUGUGGAGUGAGACCAGAUUUUACAUCAUUUCUGUUUUUCCAAAACCCGGAUGUUGCGGUUUCACUUCGGCUCUCUAUGAAGAAUCUGCGAGAAGAGCUUGAGUGCUUGCGAGAUAAAACACGUCUAAAUGAUGUCAUAAGUUUCUCAAUGCCAUUUCACUGUUUUAUUGUGUCUUUAUUUUUUUUUUUUUUUUUUUUUUUCUCUUAAUUGCCAAAGCGUUGAAUGUACCGUCAGUUACCGUUACUUCAUUGAAUGAGCUGUUCUGCUUUUAAUGCAUUCCUUGACAGCAGGAAAAGCUCAGCAUCAAACACCCUCCCACCACUCACAGUCGCGAAGAUUUCCUCCUCCGCUUAUAACAUUUACUUUUUAGUUUAAACUAUUGCUAUAGUUAUUUUACUCAAUUUUCUUAAUGUCGACAUGUAGCUGUGAAUCCCUUUCUUUUUUGUUUUCUUUAACUUGGGACUGUCAUGAACUUAAAUUCAAGUGAUCUGAUUUCACAAACAUUCAUUUACUGUUUUUUGUGCUUGUUUUUUUGUUUUUUUUGUUUUUUUUAAGCACCUAGUGUUGAAAUUGUGUGACAUCAUUAUUACUUAUAUUAACAUCUUAAGGGUUCUGGUCAAACAAUUGAAGUUUCUAAAUGCCAAAUUGUGCUUCGGUGUGUCAAGUUAUCAACAUCAAAAUUCAAUCCGGCAUUGUGACGUCAAAUCAUUUUAAGUGGACAUAUUUGGAUUUUGUGUGUUUUGAAGAAAAAGUCAAUAAUUUGUGAGAUUUUGCUCUUGAAAUAAAAUGUUGAUCUUGCUGUUUUAA